AUGCAGAACAUCAUGAGUACUGCGGUCGUUACCCCACUUCCACCAGGCUACGGCCCAGCCACGAGCAGUAACGCUAUAUCACCUGCACCGAAAAUUGUAGCAGGGGAAUCCAUCGAGUGGCACGAGUUCCACUGCGACCCAAUCCAGGACGUCGUCCUCUGUUCGAAGGAAGGAGUGUACUGCCGGGCAUCGUCCUUCGCACUGAAGAGAGAGUCGUGCCUCUUCAGAGAUAUGCUCGCCAAUAUCCCCAAUUCGCAUAUGCCCCCCUCAAACGCCAUCCCCCUCGACUUCAGUAUCGAGGCCAUCUCCCUCUUCCUCGACCAGUACGCUGCCCCUUCCGCCAUCUCUCAUACUACCACAAACUUCGCGGUCCUCCACGAAUACCGUAAACUCGUCCAUUAUCUGGACUGCGAUCGGCUCAAGAUACUCCUCGCCGGGGCAUACGUGAUAGCCUAUAAGGACAAGCCCCUAGAGCUGCUCCGCGCCGCAAGUCAAGACGACGACCUUGGAAAUGCCAAGAUCGCCUUGCUCCGCUGCGGAGAAAUGAAAGAGAAGCUCGAUUCCGCUGUCGUCUUCGAGGUGGUCUCAGCCGUCCGCGAGCUCUGGCACUUGCCCUUGUUGAAAUGCUUAUUGCACUCCCACGGCUACCACGGUACUCCAACCACUGGCUUCACCAUACAAUGGCCGACGCUAGCCAAGGUGGAACUUUUUGUCCGGGAGGCGUCGCAGGCAAAGCUAGCAUCGAUGGAGCGGCUGAAGACCUAG